AUGGCGGCCGCGCCGGAGCUGAGCGGCGGGCGGGAGGCGGUGCCGGUGGCGCUGGGCGCGGCGGGGGCUGCGGGGGCUGCGGGGGCUGCGGGGGCGGCCCCGCCGGCCUUCCAGUAUAGCCCAGACAACGUGGCAGGAGCAGAUGGCAACAUUGACCCCACUGAGAUCACCUUUCCAGGAUGUUCUUGUCGCAGCAGCUCCUGCGUGGUUCAGGUGUGCUCCUGUCUUGCCCAUGGUGAGAACUACAGCAGCUUGUGCCUCAGACCUACAGGCACAGAGCAGGGGUACUCCCGGCCCGUCUUCGAGUGCAACACCCUGUGCCAGUGUCAGGACUCCUGUCAGAACAGGGUUGUGCAGAGGGGCCUGCAGUUCAGGCUGGAGGUUUUCCAGACUGAGAAGAAAGGGUGGGGUCUUCGUACUCUGGAAUUCAUACCUCAAGGAAGAUUUGUUUGUGAGUAUGCUGGUGAAGUUCUAGGCUUUCAGGAGGCACGGAGAAGAAUUCAGGCCCAGACACCAAAGGAUUCCAACUACAUCAUAGCAGUGAGGGAGCACCUGCACAGCGGUGAGAUAAUGGAGACAUUUGUUGACCCAACAUACAUUGGUAACGUGGGCAGGUUCCUGAAUCAUUCUUGUGAGCCAAAUUUAUUUAUGGUGCCAGUUCGAGUUGACUCAAUGGUGCCUAAACUGGCACUUUUUGCAGCCACUGAUAUUUCUGCUGGAGAGGAACUGUCAUUUGAUUAUUCUGGAAGAUUCCAUAAUUUACCAAUAAGUAACAGAGAACAAAACUCUUUAAAGGAAGAUAGCAGACUGAGAAAACCUUGCUACUGUGGUUCCCCCACAUGUGCUUCCUUCUUACCUUGGGACAGCUCCCUCUUUUCCUCACUGGACACUUGUUCAGGGAGCUCUCUAUAGCCUAACAACUAUCAUUUUCCCUAGUGGUUAAAUUGCUAUUAAAUAAAACUCUGAUUCCACCAAGGAAGCAUGUGGGUUCUGAGAAACAUCUAGAAGACAAGACUGUAAGAAUAACUUCAUGCAACUUCCUGGAGACAGUUUUCAAGGUGGAUGGUAUGAUAGAAGUGAGCACUGGAGCUUCAGGAUAUUCCAAAAUCCACUACCAAGCCAGACAUGGUGUUUUUUUCUGGUUUUCCUCUGCCAGGUUGCUGGAUGGUAAAGCAGUUCUCAGCCUGUACCUUUCAGAAAGAAGGAACUUGAACAUUGGUACACAGAAGGGACAUGUGCUAACAGGGAGAAGUGUCACUGAAAGUUACACAAGAGAAUGACAACAGGGAAUGUUGGUAUUUGUGAGGACAUCAGAUUUCUUAAAUCCCAUUAAAAUAAAUUAUAUUUGUUUUUA